AUGCACCCCCAUCUGCAUACAAAGUACAAUGCAGGCUGCGAAGAGCUCAUGACAGCCCUCGAGGAUUGCCACGCGCGAGGGUUCCUGUGGAAGUCGAUGGGCAUGUGCAACAAUACGAAGAAGCAGCUGAGCCAGUGCCUCAGGGCUGAGCGGUCGAAGCACCAGGACGCGAAUCGCAAUGGCUCAUCAGACAAGAAGCACCGAAUCAGGCAAAUGUGGAAGGAGAUCGACGAGAACUCGUAG